UGCUGUCGUGCUGAUAUGACUUCCAAGCUUGGGAACAGGCAGCUGCACAACAAAGGUUUGUGAAAUGACUAUGUUGUCUUCGAGUAUGCAGAAUGCAAGGAAGACGGGGAGGCUUUGUGGCGAGAGGGGCCAGUACAGGGGCAGGCGGGACUGAUUCUGGGCCUGCUCGUGGUGGUGGCGGGGGCCGAUGGAACCGUGGCUCAUGGAGAGGAGGUUGGCGAGGUCGUGGUAGAGGGCAGGGCGGUGGCUAUGCCAGAGGAGGUUAUGGUCGUGGUGGCUCUACACAGAGCGCCACUGGCGCAAAUGCUUAUGCCGAGGGUUCGAUUGUCAGUUCUCAGUCACAAGCCAGGCGAGUGCAAACAACCCUUGUCAACUGUCCGUACGCCGGCUGGUCACUCUACUUCCCUACUGAUGCGUUCAGCCCAACUUCGCUAGCAGGGAAGCGCUCUGCAGUCUUCGCUGAGUACUUUCGCAAGCUGGCACGGACGUGGACUCCAGAAACCCGAGAAGCUAUUGAGCUGCAAGGAUCGAUUGGUGUUGACUUCACAACGCUGCAGGAUGAUCCUAGUCUGAACCAGAAGCUGCCGGAUUUCCUGAGCGAUUUAAAGGAGCAGCCGUCACCUGUCCUAGCUGCAAUGGGAGUAGCAGUGCAUCAGGUUCUGGUCGAGGCACAAGCAGCGGCAGCAGCAGCAACCGCUUCAGGGUCACCACCUGCUGGUGUUCCUCAGAUUGCUGUCCGAAUCUUACACUUUGAGCCACUGACACCACUCAAGAUUCUAAAAGCACCACAGUACGGCAAAUUUGUGUCUGUGCGCGGCACUGUCGUUCGUGUGGGUAAUGUCAAGCCACUGGUGACACGACUGACAUUCCAGUGCAACAGCUGUGCAGCUGAACAGACACUUGUGUUGCCUGAUGGAAAGUACAUGCAGCCUUCUCAGUGUCCUGGUGAUGGAUGUCGGGCCAAAGUGUUCAACCCGUUGCGUAGCAGUCCACAAACACAGACCACCGAUUGGCAGUCCAUCAAGCUGCAAGAAUGUAAUGAUCUUGGCGAGGAGCAGCGCGAGGCUGGCAGAAUUCCACGCACAGUGGAAGUGGAGCUCACGUCGGACAUGGUGGAUUCCUGUGUUCCUGGAGAUGUCGUAACAGUCGCCGCUAUUGUGAAAGCAUCCGGGACAGAUGAAGCACGCGGUCGUUUCAACAAGGACAAGUGCACUUUCCUCAUCUACCUUGAAGCCAACUCAAUCAGCAACAGUAAAGCUACUGCUGGUAGCAAUGGUGGCAGCAAUAGUGCUGGUACAGGUGACAAUGCAACUGAUCCAGCCAGUGCCAACGGUCCACAUGUUCAGUUCUCAGCAAAGGAUCUGUACGCCAUACAAAAGAUUCAAGAAGAGGAUCAUCUCUUCCGCCUGAUCAUCAAUUCAUUAUGUCCUUCAAUCUAUGGACAUGAGUUAGUAAAGGCUGGUCUAGCACUUGGCCUAUUUGGUGGAACAAGGAGAUUUCUCGGUGAAAAGAAUCGCAUUCCCGUACGUGGUGAUCCUCAUGUUCUCGUUGUUGGUGAUCCUGGUCUAGGAAAGAGUCAGAUGCUCCAGGCUGUUGCAAAUAUCGCUCCCCGCGGCGUGUAUGUGUGUGGCAAUACCACAACUACAUCGGGUUUAACGGUGACACUAAGUCGGGAUGGUGGCACUGGAGACUAUGCGCUGGAAGCCGGUGCUCUCGUUUUGGCCGAUCAAGGCUGUUGUUGCAUCGAUGAGUUUGAUAAGAUGGGUAACCAGCACCAAGCUCUCUUGGAGGCCAUGGAACAACAAAGUAUCAGCAUUGCCAAGGCUGGAAUUGUGUGCAGCCUGCCAGCACGAGCAUCUAUUUUGGCUGCAGCCAAUCCUGUGGGUGGGCAUUAUAACAAAGCCAAGACGGUGUCGGAAAACCUCAAGAUGGGUAGUGCCCUGCUGUCUAGAUUUGACCUGGUGUUUAUAUUGCUGGACAAGCCUGAUGAGGAGCUCGACUGGAUGCUGUCAGAGCAUGUAAUGGCACUGCAUGCUGGGCAAAGACGCGUUGCUGGCACGCCACGUAUGAUCAGGCGUGGUGCUGGACCAGAGACCCCAGGUGGCAUAGCAACCAGUGGAGAUGACAGCAGCUAUGCUCAGUGGCAAGCUGACAAGCCACUGUCUGAGCGACUCAAACUGCCCUCAAAUGAGAUAUUCGAUCCCAUUCCACCGGCACUGCUGCGAAAGUAUGUCGCCUAUGCCUCCAAGUAUGUACAGCCGCGGCUGAGCAAGGAAGCUGCGGAUGUCCUUCAGAAAUUCUAUCUUGGUCUGCGUAAGAACCAUGACUCUAUGGAUAGUACUCCGAUCACAGCACGACAACUGGAGUCGCUGAUCCGGCUCUCCGAGGCACGUGCACGCAUUGAACUGUGCGAAGAGGUGUCAGCCAGUCAUGCAGAGGACGUCGUUCAAAUCAUGAAUCACAGCAUGAUGGAUGUGUACACAGAUGGCGUGGGCGCGGUGGACUGCCUACGCUCGCAGUCCGGUUCUGGCAUGAGCAAAACAGCACAGGGCAAGCGCCUGGCAUCACAGCUGCAGCGCGUCUCUGAACAGACCUAUAAUGCUCUGUUCUCAGUGCAGCAGAUCAAGACAAUUGCACAGGAGAUCGGUGUUGACAUGCGACUAGUGGACGAUCUCAUUGCAUCGCUGAAUAACCAGGGUUUCCUGCUGAAGAAAGGACCACGCGUGUAUCAGCUUCAGAUCGCAUCCUGACUCCAGUACGACAUGUGUGCUUCGAAGUACUUGUGGGAUGCAACCACCAACCCUCGGCACUCGUCACACUGCAGUAGGAUGCCUGUAGUGGAUUCACUGUUUUUUUCUUGUGUGUGGGUGUGUGUGUGUGUUGUGUGGGUGGGUGCGCGUGUGGGUGUAUAUUUUGUGGGUCCUGAGAUUGCUAAGCCACAGACCCACUUUGAGUUUGUGCCAUGCAUGCAAGCUUGUAUGUACAUAACCACUGCGACUUUAGAUACCUGUAAUAUAGCUUUGUAAAUAGCUUGACUGAUCGACACUGACUACAUCAAUAAUUAUAUUGUGUCUGUGAACUGUGAUGUACAUACGAUAUGGAGUCCCAACACUUUAAUUAUUCGUCUUUUAUUCAGUUACUUACUCAUUAUAUCCCGUCCUAUUAGUAAAGUGUUGACUCAGAUCACACGCUCGUUUCUGAAUCAUUGAUUUUCCAGCCAUGUGUAACAAAGAAAGAACCUCAAAUUGA